AUGCCGCCAAAAGGACCAAACACGUUGCCCUUGCCAUACGCUCAGGUCCAGCAACCUCCCAAGAGGGAGCAAAGGCAACCCAUGAGAACAUCGAAACUUGGUACAAAACUCAAGGUACUUCCCACUCAGCCUGAAACUCCCACCAUAGUGGAAGAAGAUGAAGAUGAAGAGAAUGACACUGGACUGCGAAAUCGAGAUGAAUCGGAAGGAGUAGAGUUUUAUACACCCCUUUCGCAAAUUCCAAAAGGUACAGCGAGAAGGGAUGCACAGCGAUUGACCAAAAGUGAAAAGGCAAAAUUACCCAGAGUAACAGCUUAUUGUACUGCUGCGACAUAUAAUCUCGAAGCUAUGCAAGCCUAUCUUUCCGCAAGACCAACAUCAUAUCGUACUCAUCCAAGGAUAUUCGAUACGGAAUGCUUACAUACACCAUAUCUCCCACCUCCAUCUUCCUCAUCAUCAAAUUUCAGAUCACCACAUCUGAAACCUACUGCAUCAACAAAUCAUAUCCCCGAAGGCGACUUACUGAAUCUAGGUGAUGGCUAUUCAAAGAGAUCAAACUCAUAUACCAAUUCCAAUAUCCAUGCAAGUUCAGAUUCUGGAGAGGUGAAAAGACGUACGGGAUUCACGAAAAGACCUGGAUCAGGAAAUAGACCAAGUUCAAAAGAUAGUGGUAACGCCGACAAUGGAAAUAACAAUGGUAAUGGCACCGACAGUGAGAGAGAAGAUGACGAUGAUUUCGAAGAGGAAGAGUGGGUUCCAGAUGUGUUCUUGUUCGAAUAUGGUACUGUAGUCAUCUGGGGUAUGACUGAGAAAGAAGAGAAACGAUUUUUGGGCAGUAUUAAAAAGUUCGAGAUCGAGAGAUUGUCAACCGAAGAUGUGGAAAUGGAAGAUUUGAAUUUCUAUUACGCUGAUUAUUCUCGAAUAUACAACGAUGUGAUUACCCUUCGUAAAGGAUCUUCCUACAUGACGAAAUUGUCCUUAUCACAUGCCCUGUCACAAUCAGUCAAAAUCUCCUUGUUCGAGGAACUCAUUUCCUCAACAAUUGAACAAACAAAAGAUAUCCCAAAAUCACUUUCAGAGACAGGUAAAAUUGGUUUGCCAAGAAGCGAGAUCAUGAAGCAAAUUGGUAAUUUGUUUAUUCUGAGAAUAAAUAUAAAUCUUGUCGGAUCGAUUUUGGAUUCUCCUGAGUUCUUUUGGUCUUUCCCAGAUUUGGAACCUUUGUAUGGAGCAGCAAGAUCUUACCUUGAGAUUGGACAAAGAGUAGAUUUGCUGAAUGCCAGAGUAGAUGUAUUACAAGAUAUGUUGAAAUUGCUGAAAGAAAGUGUCAAUUCCAGUCAUGGAGAGAGAUUAGAAGGUAUCGUGAUAUUCUUGAUUGGAAUCGAGAUUGUCUUGGGUAUAAUCACGAUUUUGGUCGAUCUUAGUCUUACAUAG